CACACAGACAUCAUUUGACAACUCCUAGAGUCCCAUCCUUUCGAGAAUCCCCUUUCACGCCUGUUUCUUUACAACACACCAACAUAUCAACUUGCCCUCUAAACCCCCAUCAUUCAAAAUGGCCUCCGACAUGAAGGCGACGGUUGAGCCUACCACAAAGGGUUUCUCGGUCUGCGGUUACGAGAAGAUCGAAUACGACUUCGAGUUCCUUGAUGGCGUUUUCAGCAAGCAGAAUAGCCAGUUGGCCGACUGUUACUCGCGUUGGAAACGAUGCUUGGCCGUCAUGGAUCUCAACAUCUUCAAUCUCUAUGGAGAGGAGAUGAAGGAUUACUUUGACCACUACAACAUCGACCUGAAGAUCCACAAGACCAUGAUUGGUGAGAAGGCCAAGUCCAUGGAGACGCUACUGAGCAUCGUCGACUCCAUGACCGAGUUUGGCGUGUACCGCAAGGAGCCUGUUCUCGUUGUUGGCGGUGGUCUUGUCACCGACGUUGCUGGCUUCGCAUGCGCCGCUUACCGCCGCAACACACCUUUCAUUCGUAUUCCGACCACAGUCAUUGGUCUUAUCGACGCCUCCGUCUCCAUCAAGGUCGCCGUUAACUACGGCAACUACAAGAACCGCCUGGGAGCUUACCACGCGCCUACACACACCUUUCUCGACUUCAAAUUUUUGCGCACAUUACCCACAGCUCAAAUCCGCAAUGGCUUCGCUGAGUUGAUCAAAAUCUCCACUUGCGCACACCUAGAGACAUUUGACCUGCUCGACCGCUUUUGCGAGGAGCUCAUUGAGACCGGGUUUGGACGUUGUGAUGGUGCCAGCAAAGAGGUCAGAGAUGCUGCGGACAAGAUAAACCGCAACGGGAUCCACGAGAUGUUGAAGCUUGAGACUCCCAACCUUCACGAGAUCAUGCUUGAUCGUGUCAUUGCCUACGGUCACACCUGGUCCCCUCUUCACGAGCUGUCCCCUGACGUUCCCCUGCGUCACGGCCAUGCCAUUUCCAUCGAUAUGGCUUACUCUGCGACACUUGCCCACGUGCUCGGCAAGCUCUCCACCCAAGAACACCGCCGCUUGUUGAAUCUCUUCUCCCGUGCUGGUCUCUCCAUGGAUCAUGCCCAGUUCGACGAGGAAAUGAUCGACAAAGCGACAUCGGCGAUCCUUAAGACCCGUGACGGCAAACUCCGCGCCGCUGUACCCUCACCUCUUGGUCAAUGCGAAUUUCUCAACGACGUCUCCCACAAGGAGAUGUGCGCUGCCCUCAAAGUGCACAAGGACCUUAUGAAAGAGUACCCCCGCGAGGGUGCUGGUCUUGAGGCUUAUGUCGAUGCAAGUGACACGGGAUACACCAUCAACGGCGCUUCUGUCGAGGAUGAGUCGAGGAAGUUCAUGAAUGGUGUUGAAAAGAGUGUCACCAAGGACGAUACCGUUUCCAGCGGCGUCUCGUCGAAUGGUUCAUCAACUCCCGACUAUGGUCUGUCGAGUGGUAAGAACCUUGGGCGGGAUGAGUCUAAGUACGCUGCUGCCGGCUUCGAGCCCAAGGUGUUGGAGAGUUUAGGCAAUGACAAGAUGGGUGUCACAGAGCAUAGCAAGAUUCGUCACGAGGUCGAGAACGAUUGCUGCUAAGGAAGAAUCUUGAUUGCCAAAAGAUUUUUUUGAUAAAUGUCUGGAGGAAAGUUGGACAUGAUGAUGGACAGGAAAGAGGUCCCAAAAAACAGAAACUAAAAAAACAAGAAGUUACACAAAGUUGAAUUUUUUAGUUUAAACCGUCUGCCCGCUUCAAUGGCAAUAUUUUGAUGAUUUUCACAACCACCUCCAGAUCAGAAACGCAAUGGACAAGGAAACAUUUAUGUAGUCACCGGGCUUGCUGCAGAAAGUUGACACCGCAAAUAUUGUUCUGCCAGAUUCUAAAAAGCAAUGACA